GAGAUGUUUUGUUACCAAGAAGUACUCAGUGAAGCUCCGUUACACCUUCUAAGCUUUACUCACCGCCUUGAACGGCAGAAUCAUUCCCCCGGGAGACAAUCAACACCCCAUCUGUACCGCUUCUAGACGCCAGCUGGACCAUCACAUUCCCGUCAACUUCCCCUGACCACCUCCUUUGAUCAAGAACUCAUUGUGCAUUCAGAACCAGCUCUAUCAGACUCACAGCUAUCAUGGCAGACCGAUUCCCCUCACUAGAAGACUUCUCCGCUGGCCAAACUGAAGUCGUGGAGACCAACGGCACAGAUGCCGAUGAUUUCCUAGCCCGCGAACGAGCCGUUCUAGGUGACGAUGCAGAGCAGUUUGCUACCCCUCAAGACCACGUCGCUAACACCGACGGUGCAAAUGCUGGCGAUGACGAUUUACUGGGCGGUGCGGACGAGACUCCAGCUGGCGCAGCCCCCGAGAUCUCCGGAUUUGAAUCUUCUUUCCCUGCUAUUGAGACACAGAAUGAGCAAGUUGCGCCUGGCGGCAUGAUCACUGGAACCGGCGCUCCUUUCCCGCCCACGGGCUUCUCAAGCUACCAAACUCCGGAGGAGGAAUCCGAGCCCGUUAGGGAAUGGCGCGAAAGACGAGAUGCGGACAUUGCACGCCGCGCGGAGAUUUCUGAAGAAAAGAAGCAAGCGACUGUUAAGAAGGCUCAAGAAGAUAUCGAUGACUUUUACGUUUCCUAUAACAAUAAGACCGAUAAAUUGCAUGCUCAGACUCGUGCGGAUGCCGAACAAUUCCUCGCCAAUCGCGAAGACACUUCUUCCGGAGGUACCAGCUGGGAUCGCAUCGCAAAACUUGUUGAUGUCUCUGGAAAGGGUGCCAAGGGUGGUGCAAGCGGAUCUGGCAAGGAGCGUUUCCGUCAGCUGUUGGUUGAUCUGAAGAAGGAUGAGAAUGCCCCCGGUGCCAGUGGCAUCUAGACCUUGUUUGCAUUACAAUGCAUUUAUUAUGAUUUCAUUAUUCUAUCCUCCUUGCCAGGUGCAUAGCACUCUUUUUCUCGAUCCAGAUACUCCAUUACACAAGUUCUAUUCUUCGGAUACUCAGUUACGGUUGCGUUCUGUUCUUUAUUUUCUUUCAACCGUGUUUUUCUAUUGGAACUUUAACUUCUUGAAACUUAUGUAGGUAGAUAAUAUGCAACUUGUUCCGUACAGCGUACAUAGACUGCUAGUAUACCAGCAAUAAGCCUCACUUCAAAGUGAAUAUAUUGAUUGAGUUUACUAUAGACAACUCAGGAGUAGCCUGGGUAAUUAGUUAAUAUAUCUACAAAGUACAACCCAGUCACAUUGUACAGAAAGAAGCAUUGCAUAUUAAAAAUGUAUUAGAGGUGAAUAGUAAUUGGACAAUGCACUAUUUUUGAAACAUGCAGAAAGAUAUACACGUCAUUGCAGUCGGCCAGUAUCCUGCAAAAAUCUUUAGUCAAGUUCAGUAAUAUCACCACCC